AUGCACAUGCACCGAUCAAAAAUCGGCACGCCAGGAAUAGCUUCAUUAUCCUCCUCGCCCGCCUCGAAUUCAGAUGACUCAUACCAAGCCCCGCCACCCGGUUUCAAAGAAUUGAUUUAUCUCUCAGUACUUUGCUCCACACAAUUAUUUGUACAGGGCGCGUUUGGUUACAUUCUCCUGCCUCUGCGUAUCGUGGCAUCAACCUUUGGACAAGGCCCGACGGAAGCCACCCGCAUGACGUGGCAUGUUGGCGGGUAUAGUCUGACAGUGGGAACCUUCAUCUUGAUCGCUGGCAAAUUGGGGGAUCGUUAUGGAUCCAAGCGCAUCCUAGUGGUGGGCUGGGCAUGGUUCGGACUGUGGUCUAUCAUUGGUGCUUGUAGUGCCUUGACACUCUCCCCAAUUUUCUUUGACACCGCUCGGGCUUUGCAGGGUAUUGGUCCAGCCUUUUUGCUCCCUAAUGCACUCGCUAUCUUGGGGCGCAGCUACCCCCCUGGGCCGAAGAAAAACGCCGUUUUCUCGGCUUUUGCGGUUGCUGCUCCCCUCGGGUGCAGCACAGCUGGUGCUAUUGGAUCUGCGUUUGCGCAGUACGCUUGGUGGCCCUGGGUCAUGGGCCUCUAUGCCUUGGGAUGUUUCAUGCUUGCUAGCUUGGCGCAGUGGAUCGUGCCGCAUGACCGCCCACAGCCAGUCAUUGGGGCUAGCCAGCCACCAUUUGAUAUCCUGGGGGCAGGUCUCGGAGUAUGUGGCCUCCUGUUGCUCAAUAUCUCGUGGAAUCAAGCGCCCAUUGACGGAUGGAGCACCCCUUACGUCUAUGUGUUGCUUAUACUCGGGUUUUUAAUCCUAGGACUGUUUGUCAUGCAAGAACGACGGGUCGCAGACCCAAUACUAGAUGUUGCAAUGUUUGACCGACAUGUUACGGCCGUGCUGGUCACGACGGGACUGGGCUGGAGUAGUUUCGCUGUCUGGUUCUACUACCUGUUCCAAUUUAUCCAACAGACCCGGGAUGUCACACCCCUUGAUUCCGCCGCACAAUUUGCCCCGGGCGCCAUUUCUGGAACUUUGGCAGCAAUUGCAACGCCUUUCUUGAUGCGCUUUGUCCCGAAUGGAUGGCUAAUGGCCGUUGCAUGCGGCGCGUUCCUCAUUGGGUGCCUGCUGCAGGCUACAGCCCCCGUCACCCAAUCAUACUGGUUCAAUACGUUCUGGUCCUUUGUGAUUACUGCCUGGGGUAUGGAUAUCUCUUUCCCCGCCUCGGCAACCAUUAUCAGCAAUGCAGUGCCACCGAAGCAUCAGGGCGUGUCCGCUUCACUCGUGAACACAGUUGCUAACUACUCAAUUGCUAUCGGGCUUGGCAUUGCCGGUACCGUAGAAGCUCAAGUCCAGAAGCAAGACGGGGGUGCUCUCGCAGGCUACCGUGCAGCUCUUUGGACCUCGGUGGGGCUGGCAGGUACGGGAUUCAUCGUUGCUAUGCUUUACGCAUUAACAACGGAAAGUGCUGUCAUCUCACGCAAUGAACUAGAAUCAAUACCUAGAGAGAUGAAUAAUGUAUAA